AUGUGUAUUCAGGGAGUGUCUGAUGAAUUCUAUGUCAAUGAGCACCUCACAAUGCAAAAUAAGUUGAUCUAUAAAGAAGCAAGAAGGUUAGCUAAACUGAAACAAUACAAAUAUGUCUGGACGAAAAACGGCGAGAUCUUUGCAAGAAAGGAAGAUACCUCAGGUGUCAUUAUUGUGAAAGACACUGAGGGUUUAAAAAAUAUCAAAUAA